GUUGGGUCUUCCUAAUUUCUUCUUAUCUGAUUCCCUGUCUGCCUUUUCCUCAACUUUCAGCUCCAACGUUACUUUCUCUACUCAUUCCAACUCUUCCUUCUUCAGACCAGAAAUAAUGACAGGUAGAUGAACCUUGAAACUGCCUCUUUGAUUCACUUGGAAGCUAACGUUGUUCAGUUUUUGUUCUUGCAUAGUACUGAAAAAUAUGAACCAAAAAUCAUGGCUUUGGAAGAAAAGAUCAAUGGAGAAGACAAUCUUUGCAGUGGACAAAGUUGCCAAUUCUUCAAGGACCACAGAAGCAGAGGUACAUAAUUUUGCAACUGUUAAGAAUGCUGGAGCCGAGAGAUCGUCAAAAAGUCUGAAUGAGAAGUUGGCUUCAGUCCUCCUUGAUUCUCAUGAAGCAGAGGGCUUUCCUCCAAAACUUGAACAGGUGUCCCAAGAGAAAAUUAGAGGUGAAGAUAAAGCAACAGAAGAAGUGGAGUCCUGUGAAAAGGAAGAAGAUGUAGAUUUGAUUAAAGAAACAUCAGCUGAAAGUAUGUCUGGUGCUGUACCAAAUUUAUUGAAAGAACAUGAGAAGAUUCAGAAAGAGUUGGAAGAAAAGUUGCAGGAAAAUUGUAAAAGGCUAGCUGACUUAGCCGUCGAGAAUGCUAGUCUAACUAAUGCUCUUCUAGCCAAAGAGAAAUCCAUUGCAGACCUGCUAAAUCGUAAACGUCAGAUUGAUGAAGAAUACAGUACCCUAGCUGAUAGAUUAGAUUCCACAAUGAAGGAAAAUGCUUUCCUCAAAUAUGAAUUUCACAUGCUUGAGAAGGAACUUGAGAUUCGAAAAGAAGAGAUGGAAUACAGUCGUCAGUAUGCAGAAGCUUCUCAUAAACAAUAUCAAGAAACCAUUCAGAAAGUCUCCAAGUUAGAAGUUGAGUGUCAGAGGCUCCGUCUUCUGCUGCAGAAAAGGUCACCACAGCCUGCUAUGGUGAAUAUGAAGAAUGAAGUUGGAACUAUGGGAGGAGAUAAAGAUAUGAGAAGAAGAAUAAAUCCUGCCAGAGAUUUGAUUUAUAACAAAACUGCCAGAGGAAACUCUCCUGAAGUAUCUAACAAGAGCAGCAGCUUGAUGAUCAAACGUUUGCAGGAUCUGGAUGAGGAAAACAAGGCUCUUAAAAGGAUUCUGACCAAGAAGAAUUCUGAACUGGAAUGUUCAAGAAAUAUGUAUUCUCAAACAGCUACCAAAUUAUCACAGGCUGAAAUUCUACUCAGAAAGCUAUCUCAAGAUCACAAGUCCAUGGAGCUAGCAAGGUGUUAUCCUGUAUCAAAUGAGCUCUCUGUCAUAACAAAGUUUGAUAUUGCUAGUGAUGAUGGGGUUAGGUCUUCAGGAUCCUGGGCAAAUGCACUUAUUUCUGAACUGGAGCAUUUGAGAACUGGAGAGACUAAAGAUCGGAAGAACUGUAAAGCCAUUGAAGUUUCAGAGAUGAAUUUGCUAGAUGAUCUCACUGAGAUGGAGAAGCGGGCUAUAGUUUCAGUUGAUACACCUAAAAGGGAAUAUUGCUCUGAUUUAACUGGUAGAGAACUAGUGCCGCUUGAACAAGAAUUUGGCUUCAGUGAGGGGAAACAGGAUAGGCAAUUCGAAUUUGCAACAAAUGAGAAUUCAUUUGACUGGCUUCAGAUUGUUUUGAAAGCCGUCUUGGAGCAGCAGCGCAUAUCAAAACGAAGUCUCCAUGAACUCUUUGAGGACAUAAAAAUUGCUUUCGGUUGUAUAACUCCCCCAGCUUCCCGUAAAUCUAGUACUGCUCAAAAGUCCAGAGAUUUUAAUAGUUUCUACAGUGCUGCAGAGGAAAAAAGCAGCCAAUACCUGAAUUCUAAUUUGACAAAUUCAAUCAGUAAAAUUAUCAAACUGAUUGAUGGCAUUUCUCCUGUGUCAUUAGUCAGCAACAAUUGCCCAGAUGAUUGCUUGAAGAACCAGCAUUCCAGAAUACCUCAAUCACCAACGUCCAAAGAAUACUUUGUCCACGUUUUCCAGUGGAAGCUUGCUGACUUGAAUCCACUUCUCCAUCGACUUGUUCAUACCUGUAAGGAUUUGUUAACUGGAACAGCUGAUCUUGAAGAAUUUGCACAGGAGGUAGCAUUUGCUUUGGAUUGGAGCAUAAAUAAUUGCGUCAGCCCUGCAAAUUCUUCAGUUGCAAGGGAUAAGAUCAAGAAGCAUUUGAGCUGUCAUGAAGCACAAAAUGGAAAUGAAAACCAAAUAGUUGAAGAUAAGACGUCUUUCUCUUCCUCAGAUGAUCAAUGUAUGUUCUCUAACAAGAAGGAUAAUCUGAAUGAUCUCCUUGAAGAAAACAGAAAAUUGAAAGAUGAGCUGACGAGUAGAGAAACUGCGAAAAAUAACUUGGAAGCAAAGCUUCAGUUAGUGACUGAGGAGAGGCAGGGUCUCGAGAAACAACUCCAGGAAGCACAAAAUACCAUUAAAGGACUGCAAUCGGAAUUGGAGACCCAGAAGGAAUCCAAUGAAAUAUUUGUAGAUCAGAUUGAAAAAGAGAAGCUUAUCAAUGAAGAUCUUGAUACUCAGUUAACAAUAUCACAUGCCAAGUUAAAUGACAUCUUUCAGAAACUGUCAUCUUUAGAAGUCGAAUUGGAGGAUAAGAAAAACUCUUGUGAAGAAUUAGAAGCAACGUGUCUAGAGCUUCAACUCCAGCUAGAAAGUAUAGCAAAGAAAGAAUCUCCCAAACAUGACGGACAUGAAGCCGAAAAGAUACAUCAAACGGGCCUGGAGAUCACAACAGCUUCAUCAAAGUUGGCAGAGUGCCAAGAAACCAUAUUAAACCUUGGAAAGCAACUGAAGGCGCUGGCUUCGUCAAGUGACAGCGCACUUAUUGAUAAUGUUUUCUUGAAAACCAGUGCUAUGGCCAACCCGACUAAUGAGAAGAGCUUGUUCAAACGGUCCUCUUUGCGCAGUCAAAUGCAAGCUGAGGAUGAUACUAAAUCAGGGACCCUUCACUCCUCCCAAAUUGAAGAAAAUAAAACUACUAGCGGUGUCCAGAAGCCACUCCCUCUUCAGUCUGAUAACAGCAAUGUUCUACAAGUUCCCAAUGCUCCGGAAACAAAUCUAACUUCGGAUCAAAAUGAUAGAAGCAAUAAUGCCACAGGUGCACUGGUUAUGGUGCCAGCUAAAAAACAAGGAGGAUUUGCUUUACUGAGAAGGCUGCUGCUAAGAAGGAAGAGAGGAAGGAGUAAAGGAACCCAGUCCUUAGCCAAAACAUGACUCUCUGAAAAGGCAAGAGAAUUCUUAGGUGUGCUCCUUGCACUUGAGUUAUAUACAAAGAGGAAAUAAGAACUUGCCAAAAUGAGUUAGUGGAUUUCACCAUACAAAUGGUCACUUUGACGAGUUUUUAUUACUUCUUGUGCCAAUCUUUAACCAAGGAGUGUUUCAAGUAUCCCUUCACUGGGACCAGGCCCAUGAUUUGUGUUUAAAAUAAUACUUGCCUCCCAUGACAAUCAAUUAUUCUGUUUGAAUGUGAUGAUUGAUUGAUUUUUAGUAUGACGUGCUUUUCACUUUAUAGACUAGCAUCUUUGACGAUUGGGUUUGGAGAUUAUUAUUCUCCCGAGUGAGAGUCAUUUAACUUUGUAAAUAUCGCUGGUGUACAUACAAGUUGGAUUAAAGAUAAUUGAGACUGAACUUUGGAAGAGGUUA